AUGGCAGUUAUUGUGACUACUACUAUCGUGUGCGAUAGAUGCAAUGCGGUGAUAAAGCCAGGCAGGACGGCCUGUAAACGAUGCGGAUUGCCCGUGAAUGGCUUGACGCAGAACAAUGGCACCAGCACAGUGGUGACCAGAAAAGAAAAGUCCCGACCAAAGAAGAAGGUUCAGGUAAAAGAUCAAUUGUUCUGGGGAGAAGGGUCAUCUUCUGACUCAUCUUCGGACGCAUCUUCAGAAGAAGAAAAAUCCCGACCAAAGAAAAAGGUCCAGGAAAAAGAGAAAUUAUUCUGGGAAGAAUGGUCAUAUUCAGACUCAUCUGAAGAUUCGCCGGAAGAAUCAUCAGACUCUGAUAAGCGAAACUACUUGCGUCAGAAGAAAAAGAAGAAACAGAAAGAGAAAGAAAAAGAGAAGAAGAAGGCGAAAAAGUGGAAGAAGAAUAUGAAGAAAAAGUUGAAGAAGAAGAUGGAGAAAAAGUUGAAGAAGAAGAUGGAGAAAGAAGACACUUCGUCAGAAGAUGAUUCAGCUUCUCCAAGGGACGAGGAACAUGAUCAGAAUCCAAGUUCACAAGUAAGAGCUCGGACACAAGAUCUUCUAGAAAGACGGGCUGCCGCUCAAGACGAAGGUGAGUCGUCCAGAAUUCCAAGAAGAAGAAAUCGGCGCAGACAAGCCAUGCGCCAUGGGCCAGGACCAGACAGUGUCUGGCGCCGUGAGCAAUCUCCUCGAUCGGUCUCCAGAAACACCAUUCAGGCAUACGCUCUUGCUCAUGAAGAUGGCGGACCGCAAUAUCCUCAGUCGGAUGAAAGAGGCACGGACUAUCUUGAGCAAAACGAUAAUGACGAAAAUGGGCAAGAAGACUCAAAUCGCAAUGUUGCGUCAGUUGGCGAGACGACGCGAGAUGUUGCUCCGGCCUCUGCUGAGGUUGAUCAGACUUCGUCGAGUGACAACUCAGACUACACCUUUAUCAGUGUCGAUCUCGAUAGCGCUGUCCGCCCUUUUGAGUACGGAAUCCUGCUGGAAUCGCAGUCGGAAAAAUCUGAGGAGUCUUCCACGGACUCCGAUGGAGGUGUAAGACUUGAAAUGUCUGGCCUUGACAUCAAUCGCAAUGAUGAGGAGCCUGUAUCUCGCGGCGCUGGCUUAGCCGAUAUCCUCCACAGAAUCGUCGAUGCAAUGAUUGUGAACCUUGAUCUUGACCAGUUGAAGGAUGAUUUUAUCCCGAAGAGAAAACAAUUCCUUCGGUACACGUUUCUGAAGCUUUGUUGCAUUUUGGCUGCUGCAAUUGAUGAUGAUGUGCAACGGGGAGUUCUCAUUUGUGAAGCUCUUUCCACUUGGGCGCUGUCUUGCCAAUACCUGGAAGAGGAGUUUGUGAAGAUGUAUGAUUCCAUCCACGCUGUCCUGCUCAGUGUUGAACCGGCUUUUCUUCAAGCGUCUCCAUGUGUACCAAUGAGAACAGAUCGGGUUGUUACUUGGCUCAGAGACUAUCUCAACCCGAAACUCCAUGAGAUAUAUCAACGAUACUAUUUCGCCAAUGGCGGCGUAGACCAGAUCUACGCUGAGUUUCAAAAUGGUAUUUAUGUACUGGCUGACAUUGUCCAGACCCGUCUUCCAGCGAGGAUGAAGCUCCUUGAGAUACCUUUCAAAUUACAGCCACAAUGGGGACUUUAUCCUGUUUCGGCGAAGGUUGAUCUACCUCAGAUGCCAACAAGACAAACAGUUCCAGUACCUCCAACCAUGGCAAUGUUCAUGAAGCGACACAUGCUUCCUUUCGACACCUAUGAGAAAGGUGAAGGCUUUAUGCAACAAAAGUUCACGCUUCCCAAAAGAUGA